AUGGCCACAGAAAGUUACCAAUUGGCAGAAGUACUAGCGGUGGCUAAAAUCCACCCGUUCUACAAUCCAGAUUUCGUUUACCCUGCCGAUACCGAAACGAUCCAGAGACUUCGGGAGUUAAUUGACAAAAAGGCGAAGCCUGCCCUCCAGGAGCAGCCAUUACUCAACAAGAAAACACUGUACAAGGUUAUUGAACGGCUUAUCCAUGAUAUGGACCCUCUGAACACAUAUCGGCGAAGUUCUUAUAUGUCCAUCACGGGCGGCGGCUCUGGAGGGGUUCCCAUGAUGUUUGCCGUGGAUGUACAUGAGAAUCGUCGGCAGAGAGCUCAAAUGGGAAACUUUAUCAAGCUUUGCGGUGUGAUUGAGCCAGGAGAUUGGGUGCUAUCUACCCAUCUGGCCGGGGGGUUCUACAGUUUACCUAAUCAAGAAAUUGUGAGGUCCCUCGAUCUCACGACAGAAAUCAUGGAAAAUGCUGGAGCGACCGUUUUGAGCGCCGGGAGCUAUAUGCUGCCUACAGAAGUUGCUAAGUCUCUCGCCGACUACCAUGUUAAUGUCUUAACUGGUGACGGCAGUCAAGUUGUUCAAAUCGUUCACCAUAUCUCGAUGUUGUCUCAGGAUUAUCGCGAUCGUAUCAAUCUGGAGAAGAUAAUUUAUACCUCGGAACCACUUACUAGCCCACAGCGAGUGUUCAUCCAGACGAUUCUGAGCGGUGUUAAGAUUUUUUCCUUUAUGGGUAGUUCAGAAGCGGGCCCCUGGGGGAUCAGCAGCCCUGAUCUUACCGGAGAACAGAGCCUUACUGGCAGCAGUACCGAUUUUGUCUUUGACACGCGCAGCAUCUUGAUAGAGAUCAUUUCACCCUCCGACCUAGACAGUGCAUCUCAAUCUGACCUGAAUCUGAUCCCACUAGGUGAACCGGGCCUCGUUGUGCAGACAUCUCUUCAAAGACUACGCAAUCCCCUGAUACGCUAUAACACUGGUGAUAUUGGCUCCGUUCAUCCCCUUCCGGAAACAGCCUCUGCUGUGGUUCCUGAGGCUGACCGGGAACAUCUUCGUGUCUUGCGCAUGCACGGGCGCGACCAUCGCUUCAGCUUCAAGUGGUGUGGUGCCUAUUUUGAGUUCGAGAAGAUCGACAGCUUAAUGCAAGCCGAGGAAUGUGGCAUUCUCCAGUGGCAGAUAAUUUUGGACCGACUGAAGACCACGCCGCAAUCAACUCUAGAAAUUCGCUUACUCAAACGUCCACAGGGUGGCGUUAUAUCUGAUGACGAUCUCAAACGUCGAAUCGAGGCUUUCUUUCUCAUUUUUCCCGAUAAUGAACAUCUUGCACGAAUUGUGUUUGUGGAUGACCUCGAAGGGUUUGAGCGGAGCGUUACCGCGAGAAAGGUUAUCAAUCUGGAUGGCGUCGAUCCCGUGUUCUUCCAGGAACUGGUUAAAUACCUUCGAGCUCAUCACUUAGUCGAUCUCCUCGGGCUUCAAGUCUUUACCAACGAUGUGCCGGCGACGAUGAGCGAGUUUGUUAUCGCAUACAAAGGCACCGUCAUGCUGGACGAACGAGAUGUGAAAAAUCGUGGGGUGCCUUUCUGCAUCACUGGGUUCUUCCUUCGCGAGCCAGACAUCAAUGAAUUCAAUGACGGAGAGUCCCAUGCACCAACUGUAAGAGGUACGCACCAGGUCUUUACCAACAACAAUAUCGAAACGGAGGACCAGCUUAUGGCUAUCCUCCGAAGUGAGGAUAUUGUCUUUUGA